CCCCCAUUCAACAUCCAUCCAUUACAGAUAGACGUACCAAAUGGACGGGCGCAGUAGUGCUUCUGGUCAGCAGCAGCAGUAUCGGACUGCCCCUGGCCACCCAUCCUCAGGCUCAGGCUCAGGCUCUGGCUCAGGCUCUGGCUCUGGCUAUGGCUCUGGCUCUGGAUCAUCAUCAGUGCAGCCGCAGUCAUCCUCAUCCGCAUCCGCAUCGUCCUCGGUGUUUGACGAGGCGCAGUGGCAGAGCGAUCUGCUCGCAUUCAACCACUCGCCGUCCAUCUUCAUGGCCACCCGCGGCAUCGACACGGACGAGUUCUGCCAUCUGCUGCUCCAGAUCUUGUACUCGGAACGCGACGAGGCAAUCAAGAUCCGACUGCUCGCGCUGAUGCAGGAAAACUGCCAACUGCUCUUUGGCGAGUUUGCAAGGCUCGAGCACGCAUUCGCUUCCCUGCAGUCCAUGUUUCUGCAGACCUCCGAUCUGUCCUUCUUUGUUCGAGGCCAGAUCAUCGUCACACUCACAGUCAUGCUGCUCGAGUUCAACAUGUACGAGACGCAGCCAACCGUCUUCACAGCCUUCGUCUCCCUGUUGCUUCGCGUCGCAGCGUGCGUCAACAGCUCGGUGGACCGCGUUCUGCGCGCUGCCACGUUCGAGUGCCUGAAAGAAAUCGAGCUGGCCUUCCCCGGCUGCCUCUGGUCCCGGUUGGGCCAUCUGCUCGCCAUUUGCCAGGACGAGGUGACGCACGUCUGUCAGCACGCCCUGACGCUCUUUGCAACCACCCUACGACACGCCGCGCGUGCAGUUGUUGUAGCGAGCUCUGGCUCCAACAGCGCAGCCAAUGCUGGUGGCGCAGGAGGCAGUGCUGCGGCUCUCAGCAGCGGCGUCUCUGCGUUUGGCCAACCUCUGAGGCAGCAGCGACCAGGCACAGCACUCCCAUCCUACCCAUCGUUGCUGAGUAUCGUGGACGAUUUUGCCACCUUUGAUCGGCCCACGCGGUGCAGUCGCGUGCCCGUUCCAGUCCUCUUUACCAACCUUUCGUUCCAAUCCCAACAACAGCUGCAGGCGCUCCGCCAACCGCAGUCCACGAUGGCAUCAACCACGCGCUUUUCACAACAAGGACUUGGCGCUGCGUCGUCGUCGGACGCGCUGUCGUCCCCUUUGAACGCGGCUUCGGCCCUCCCACAACGCAUCCCUUCCUUCAACCCGGCCAUACUCACCCUCCCCCAAGCCAUGCCUGCUUUCGACCAAGAAGACAUCCCAGACACACUUCGCCUCGAUUUGAAGCGCGCGCUGGCGUUUGUGGUGGACAACUCGUACGUGCUCACGCCCUGGUGCCUCGCCGCCUUGGUGCUGGAUUUGUCCGAGUGCAUUGCCUAUGCGGGAUUGACGCCGCGCGUUUUCAAGCCGCACUUCUUCCGGCUCGUCGCCACGCACAGUCCAGUCCUCAUCCAUUCCGUCAUGCUCUUGCGCCUGCGGUUUGGCUCGGACAUGUUUGAAGAGUCGGACGACGAGAUUAUGCUCGAGCGUCUCUGCCUGCUGGUCAACGAUCCGUGCAUUCCGCUCGAGGUAAGACUUCUUGCGGCGCGCUGGAUGACGGCCUUCCCCAUUCUCGAUCUCGGCUCGGUCGCAUCGAUCGACGCUGGCCAGGAGGACGGCGGCCCACCAGACCAACAACAACAGGCCUACACCAACUCGUCCGUGUUGACGUCUGCGCGCGCCCUGUACAAGCGAUACGCCUUGCUCCACCCGACCGUCUUUGACGAGUCUGCGCGGUUGACCACUGCGCGUUUGAUUGCCAUCAUCGAGGGCGCCCUCCCGAUUGGCAUGGUGGAUCCGGGUGCGUGGAUUCGUCGCGGCCAUCUCCGUCCGACCAACGACGCUCUCACCGACAUUGUUUCCUGCUUUCACGCCAUCGAGCGCGAGCAGGUUCACUCGCGCAAAGUCACCGACCUCUUCCGGGUGCUCUUCCGCAUGUACAUGCGCUUCCCAAAGUCCUUCUCGAGCGCUCUGCACUCGUCGCUUGUGGAACUCAUCCGCCGGGCGCCACAUCUCGCUUGGCACGUGAUGGAUCUCGUCCGCCGCGUGCAGCGACGAUUGCCUCGCGACCCACUUCCCCCGCUCGUCCUCGACUCGUUGCACGCGCGCCUCGCAGCCAUGGACACAAAGUCGUGGAUGCGGCACUUUGAUCGGCAUCUUUACCUGGUCGGCAAGAUUGCACGAGAGCCGACCUUGCCACCAGCCCCGCUACUCGACCGCAUUGCAGCAUUGCUCAAGGCCGGUAUCGCACCACAUAUUCCCGUCAGCCAGCACGGCGCACUGGGCAUUCCACCAGACAUUUAUGACGUGUCUCUCUCGCCAGAAGAGGCUGCGCUUGGCGGCGUUAGUCCUCUGGGCAUUCGAACGACCAACGCCAUCUGGACGACCUCCCCAGGCGUCAACAUCUUUGGCUCUGCCCCUACUGAAGGUACUUUUGCAUUGUCUGCAGCUUCCAGCAUUAUCUCGGCAUCGUCCCAAAUCAUGUCCUCGUCGGCGUUGAUUGGCGAACCAGAGAACUUUUACUGGGCGAUUGGCAACACGAUUCUGCUGGCAUGCCGGCCCAUUCUCCAGCACCAUUCUGAUUCGCCGCACGUUCGUCGCUCGCUCGGCUUGGUGCUAGAUUUGCUCGCACAUGGCCAUGUGGAUGCUGACAUUCGCGACCGCGCUCGCUUUUAUCGGUUGCUUCUCGAUCGCGUCAACGGCGAACGACUUGCCCGCAUUCUCAGCACAGGCGAGGCAGGGGCAGCGGCGGUUGCCUCUGCGGGCCAGCAGUCCAAGGCAUCUUCUGCCUUUGAGCAAAUUGCCGGUGGCGGCGGGGAGCUCUCGCUGUCGGCCAUGGUUGCCGCUCGCAUUGCGGCGCCCUCGUCCUUCCCGCGCGCCAAGGCCACCGAGCGCCUGGAUGUCCAGCUGAUUACAAUGCACAAAAUGCCCCAUGAGCACAAGCUGCUCAAGCCGUCCAGCGUUGACCAAUUUUCAGCAGCAACAGCGCACGAGAACGCGGACGCCAACAAUGCCCCGCAUCCCGAGAACUGGGAUGUCGCCAAAAGCCCCGAGCAACUGUGGCAGGCAUACUGUGCCUAUCAAGACUCGCCUGACUUUGAUGCUCGCGUGGCCAUCCCGCUCUCGCUCUCUGUCGUCGAAGAUCGCUCGUUACCGCGCGCCGUCACCAUUCCCGACGAUCUUUUCGGUGUGUCUCUUGCGUUCAUGACCCCUCGGCACAUUAUUGCCACUCAAGAGUGUCACGUCCCUUAUCUGAGUCGGCGCCCGACGCGUGUUCGCCCGCCAGCAUCCGAACGCUUCCCUUACGUGGCGACAACUUUGGCGUAUUUCGACAUUGUCCAUCCGUUGCCCGCGUCCAUUUCCGUGCAGGCCACGUUCAGCACCGAGGCAGGACAGACAUUCACCGGGCCCUUGAAUGACCUCGAAAUUACCUUUUCAGAUUUGCUCUGUCCCGUGCGGCUUCCACCCGUCGUUCAGAAUGCGCCGUUGUCCGUGUGCGAAACAGCUCUACAGACGCUCUUCCACGUGUUGUGGGACCAGAUUCUGCUCAAGACCGUCUCCGAAGAGGGCUUUGAAACCGUCAAGGUGCUCGACGUUUCUGAAGAGCACUUGCGGCAGGCACUCGAUAGGCAACUUGGCCGCUUUGCCGUCCCCACCUUGGCCGACCAUCCCAGCGACCUUUGCUUCAUGAUCUUCCUCCCGCCUCGAUUCCAUCUCUUGCUCCGAUUCGAGAUUGGCAACGAGAGUGCCGUCGAUCCCCUGUGCAAGUCCGUGGUGGCUCGUGUUCGCACCAGCCAGUGGAAGACGCUCUGCUUUGUCGAUCCAAUGCUGAACGCACUUUUGCCGGCGUCGCUUUCGUGAAACGCGGGGAGGCCUGUUUGUUGAUUUUGUUUUUCCAAAUAUUGAUUGAAUUGAAC